AUGGACAUAGUUGAUAGGCUUCGACGUACAGGUCUCAGCGGGGUGGUCAGCCUGCCACAACUGGUUGUCUGUGGGGAUCGGUCGAGUGGAAAGAGCUCUGUUUUGGAAGCAAUCACUGAGAUACCGUUCCCGCGCAAGGAGAACCUUUGCACAAGAUUCGCAACAGAGAUCAUACUACGCCGUGAUCCGACGUCUUCAAUCGAGAUCGCAAUCAACCCCGACAAGAAUCGCCCUGAACACGAACAGAAAGAACUCCGAUCAUUCAACAAGACCAUCACAGACUUUUUGCAAUUACUGGCUAUUAUUCAAGAUGCCACAGCUGCCAUGUAUUUUGAGGUUCACCAGCCCGACGACAGCGGCCCAGACGUCGUUCCAGAUGACGACGCGGCAUGGGCGCAGGUUGGCGAGCAGAUGGCCAAGGCGUGGGCCAACGUCGAGGCACGGGCGCAGAACCCCUUCCAGGAGGGGGAGAGAGACGAGGUAAACCCGUGGUUGGAGUGGACGCAGUGGCUGCCAUAUUUGGUCGGCAUGGAGCGGCCCGAGCUGAUGAAAGAAUUCAUGGUACGCUAUACCACCGUAUUCUUCAUACGCUCUCAUGGCGUAGAAUUUCAGUGGAGCUCAGCAGUGAGGUAG